GAGAGGGGGGGUGGGCGGGGGGGUGUUGAAUAGAAAACACCUGACAGCUCGUAACGCCCCAGCUGCGCGUUGACUACAGAUCGCUGCAGCUGUGACGGCUGCAGGAAUGUGGAACACAAGUCUGUCCGAGCGCUGAAGCUUCGGAAACCGGUCUGGAAUGCACGCUUCACCGGAACCAGAACAUGUAUCAACAACAGCUCAGUACUCCAUUAAACUCGUUAUGUUGAACUUUUAUACCAAUUAUAAGCUUGGUAUAAGCUUGACGGAUUUCCUCACCCGUCCAUCCCCCCUCACUCAGUAAGAGGACCUGCCCCCCCUCCCCCCCACACCCACCCACCCACCCAACACCAUGACCGCGGACCUGAACUUGACCUCCUUGCUGAAUGUCAGCGAGCUUCACAAUGACACGAGAGGAUGUUCCCUCACCAGGACGGGAUUCCAGUUCUACUACCUGCCCACUGUUUACAUCAUGGUCUUCAUCACGGGGCUGGUGGGCAACAGCCUGGCCAUUUGGAUGUUCGUGUGCCACAUGAGACCCUGGAGCAGCAUCUCCGUCUACAUGUUCAACCUGGCGCUGGCUGACUUCUGCUACGUGCUCUCCCUGCCCUUCCUCAUCUUCUACUAUUUCAACAAAACCGACUGGAUAUUCGGGGACGUUCUGUGCCGACUGCAGCGCUUCAUAUUCCACGUGAAUCUCUACGGGAGUAUUCUGUUUCUGACCUGCAUCAGUGUUCACAGGUACACCGGUGUUGUGCACCCGCUCAAGUCCCUGGGCAGACUAAAGAAGAAGAAUGCGGUCAUUACCAGCAUAUUGGUGUGGGCGGUGGUUAUUGUAGCAAUGUCCCCCAUCCUGUAUUAUUCCAGGACUGGCUUGAAGCGUAACGCGACCACUUGUUAUGACACCACCACUGAGGAUGAGUUACCUGGUUAUUUUAUCUACAGCAUGACUUUGACUGUGUUCGGGUUCUGCGUUCCCUUCAUUAUCAUAUUUUGCUGCUACGGCAUGAUUGUCAAAGCACUGAUCUGCAACGACAUGAACAACGCGCCCCUGCGGCGUAAAUCCAUCCACCUGGUCAUCAUCGUGCUGGCGGUCUUUGCCGUCUCAUACCUGCCGUUCCACGUGAUGAAGAACCUCAACAUGAGGGCCAGGCUGUACUUUCAGGGCCCCGACAUGUGUGAUUUUAACAACCGCGUCUACGCCACCUACCAGGUGACCCGGGGGCUCGCCAGCCUCAAUAGCUGCGUGGACCCUGUUCUUUACUUCCUGGCUGGAGAUACCUUCAGGAGGAAGCUGUCCCGGGCCACCAAAAAGCCCUCCAGGAAGGGAGACAAUGUCCUGCAGUCCAAGAGCGAGGAGACGGCUCUCAACAGCCUGGCAGAGUAUGUGGAAAACGGCGACCGGAGGCUGUGACAGGGCACCUCGGUGUGCCGGUACUAGUCACGAGUUUCGGGUCUUUCUGUUGGCUUAGGAACGCGCCAUGGACUGUGCAUUGAUCAAAUAGACGCGCCGUGUGUGAUGAUGGCUGUGUGUGAAACUUAAUUGUUGAUGGGUCAUGGUUUAUACAACCGAAGGAUAAAUACGUACGUCUCACGCCGCGAGGACCAUUGCAGCCUGCCGUUGGUAAUAAGCCACCGUUCUGUGUCGUCGUGCACACGUGAUGUAAACGUUACAGCCGUCGCUUUUCACUCUCAUCGAGUAGCCAGGACAUUUGUUCUGUAAAAAAAAAAGGGGGGGGAUGGAAUGCAGCUCCUCCAGUUACUGAGCUGAUGCUUGAUCAAUAGUUAUUAAGCAGGGGAGGUGGGGGUUGGGGAGGUGCAGCCGCGAUGGCUUCUAGAGGAGAAAGUAAACGCACUGAACUUGAGAUUGCGGCAUGGAAUUGCCGUGCAGACUUUGUAAUGCACUAUGACUCUCUGCUCAGAGGGCCACCUAUCACUCCUCAUUUUCGUUCACCAUCUAGCAUUGACCUUGAGAACAAUGUGGUCGAUGAGUUUUUUAUUUUAUUUUGAGAGCUCUGAAGUUAUGGUCUGCAACGGUUCUGUUAGCAAAACAUUUUCCCCCUUUUUGUUUAUUUGUUCGUCCCAGAAAAAAAAAGAGAAGACAAUACGUACAGUAUUUUUGUGUAUGUGAUACUACGAUGUUGUUUUUCGGGGGGGGGGGGGUGGGGGGGGGGUGGGUGCUGUAAAGGAUGUUGUGACGUCCCAAAUCUAUUUGUGUUGUUUAAGUGUCAAAUCGGUGUCACUCAGUGUCAUUCAGACCUUCAUUGCAUGAGCCCAACCAAAUGCAAUCAGCGACACACUAACCGCAGUCGGUUUAAACUCAUCUAGUGUCAUCUCUUAGAUGAGCAUAACGCGCAUCCAAUCACCUGCUUUGUGACUCCAGCGUAUUGAAGACUUGUUUUGUGUGAGAUACAUCAGAGUAAAUACUGCACAUGUCCGUGUUCUGACAGAUACUCAUUUCUCUUUUGUAUCUGUUGUAAUCACUGUGGAGAAAUGGUUGUGGAGUGUAUACAUUUUUCUCUGGACUACAUAGGUGUUUGAUGUCAGUACUAAUACCUUUGUUAAUCUGUAAUGUGGUCAGCUAUUGUCAAGAAAGGAAGCGACUCACCUGUGCAGGAUGUUUCAGGCCACAUAUCUUUGUCAAUAAAUUUUUAUAUUUAAAACA